UCUGGGCAUCAAGCAAGUCAUCAUUAUGUAGUGCGUCCGUUUGGUGGUUGGUUUCAUCGUGCUAAAUAAAUAAACAAGUUAUUCGUUCUAUUUAUUUGCGCAAAACAGCAGCCCCCUUCAUUCAUUUGAGAUUGUGAAAGUUGACUCAAUAUUUUGGCGUAGUGAAUAAAAAUGAUGAUCGCUUAAUAAUCCAUGUUUCCACGAUGUGCAACAAGUCGACAUUAGUGUGAGGAGAAGUGAGAAUUGGUUAAGUGAGUGUAAGUGUAACCUUGCGAAUGAAUGGAGUGAAUAUUGAUUGAUUUAUCACAAAAAGGCCUAAAGGAUCAGUUAAAAAAAUUGGAUUUGGAUUCGAUUAAGGAUGGAGGAGACAGAAUCCUCCCCAAAUCAACAGGUUCGACCACCUCUUCUAACCUAUUCUCUAAUUGGCGAUGAAGAAGCUGUGAUUCGGAUUCUUUCUCAAGGGAUCAACGUAGACCAGGAAGAUUUUGCUGGCGGAUGCACUGCUCUCCACCUAGCAUCUGCUUCAGGCCAUAUCAAUAUCGUCAAAAUUUUGCUACAACAUGGAGCUAAACCAGAAAAACAGGAUUCGUCUCAUGGAAAUACUGCGUUGCAUGAAUCCUCCUGGCGGGGCUACUCCCAACUCGUCAAACUCCUGAGCUCUCCUGCUACCGUGGAUAAGCAAAAUCAUGGAGGCUUCACUGCUCUGCAUUUGUCGUGUCAAGCUGGUCAUAAUCAAUCCACGAGGGAGUUACUACUGGCCGGUUCCAGUCCUAACGUCGUUAAUACGUUUGGCGAUUCUUGCCUCCACACGGGGGUCAGAUAUGGCCACGCGGGGGUGGCAAGGAUCCUCCUAUCUGCUCGAGCAGCCCCUAAUUUACAGAACAAGAACGGAGACACAAUUUUACACAUCGCGUGUGCACAAAAUCGAAAAAAAUUGACCAAACUUUUGCUGGCGUCGGGAUGUCGAACAAAUUUGAGAAAUAAUCAAAAUGAAACAGCGCUUGACAUCAGCAAUCGGAAAGGAUUUACCGAAAUAUCCGAACUACUCAAACACCCACCACCCAUCGUCUCUCCCAUCGAACGUGACGAAAUUAGAGCCUCAAAGUACAAAUCUGCGAGUAGCGGACCUUCCUCAACGGGAAAUAUUUCCAGAGGGAAAAAGUCCAGUAAUAAUAACAAGGUCAAGUCAGAUCAUUCAGACAAGAAAAGUGGGGGUGGUGGAAGCAGUGGGCAUAAACACCCGGAAAAGUCAAAGGAAGGAGGUUCCAGGAAAAGUCAUCCUAAGUCAAAUAGCAAUCAAGAUCCCGAUGAUAUAACGCCAAACUGGUCACCGUACGGAUGUCAUUAUCAUCCGAAUCCAGAAGCAUUUCCUCCCCCAAAAAUUGACUCGUUGCCGAAUGAACCUUUAAGAAGUGGGGAACUUUACUAUCUGGACUUGGCUGGAAAUAUCCAUAAGGGGCCCGUUGGCGUUUCAGAAGGGUGCUAUUGUUCUCAGUUCUUUCAACCGGUCUGCACAGCCAAAGAUAAUCCUGCCCAAUGUGCGAAAAAUUAUGAAGACCAACUUCACGCUUUGACCAGCCAAUUGGCCAAAAUUCACUUGGACACGCAAGCCCAACUCUCUUCCCUGCAGGCCAUGCUGAAUGAGAAACUUGUCGCAAAAACGAGUCAAAAUCCAAUCAAUUAUGACCAAAACAAACUGAAGGAUUGGGUUCGACAGUAUAGACGAUUUCGGAAAGAGCUAUCAAAAAACCCAAAAGCCUUGAUGCAGGCUAAUGAGCUGUUGGAAAAUGCAUCUGCCCUCAUGGUGCCUACGUCCUCGCCCCCAUCCCCAGCAGCAGACGAAGAGUCUGACAGUGAUAGCGGAUUAUGACUAAAAACUCAUUCCGGCCUUAUGAUUUAAAGACACCAAAAUUCACCUUUCUGUGUUCCAUGAUUUUUAGCUUUAUCAUUUAGACUUUUGUGCUGACAUUGAUUGACUCUAAGUAACUCAUCAUCAGCAAAGAACUCUGAAUACUAAAAAUAUAUAUAUGGCAUUAUUUUAAAUAGUUGCUACAUAUGAAUAAUUUUUUACUCAACUAAAAAUGUGUAUUUCCACCUCCAAGAGGGUAAAAGUUUCACAAAUUAUUUGUAAUAAAUAUAUCUACUUGUUAGAGAUACAUACAUGAACGAAAAA